AGCAUUCCGAGGACAUCGUGAGCCAUUGGAUUGAAUGUUGGUUACAAUGGCUGACUCACGACAUAUCUACUUUGGAUCGUUUAUUGCCGGCGUUCUGGUCACAGCAGCUUUGACCGAGAUAUAUCAUCGCUACCAGCAGUCCCAGACGUCUUCCGAGACAAGCAAGAAAUCAGGUUUUAAAACAGUCAAUCCAGACGACGAGAAACUGUUGUCAUCUGUGCGCCAUGGCCCUCCAGCCAUAGUAGAUGGUGUUGAAGGGUGCAUUGGCAAUACUCCACUAUUUCGAAUCAAGUCUCUAUCCGAGGAGACCGGGUGCGAGAUUCUCGCAAAGGCCGAAUUCUUGAAUGGAGCAGGUGGUAGUCCCAAAGAUAGAGUUGCAUUGAGCAUGAUCGAGACUGCUGAAAGAGAAGGAUCUUUACGCCCACAUUCAGGAGAUGUAAUCUACGAAGGAACUUCUGGUUCAACCGGUAUAUCUUUAGCGACACUUGCUCGUGCCCGUGGCUACCUUGCCCAUAUUUGCAUGCCCUCCGACCAAGCAAUGGAAAAAUCAGAUCUUCUUCUCAAACUCGGCGCCGUCGUAGACCGCGUCCCACCAGCACCCAUCGUAGAACAAGGAAACUUCGUCAACCGAGCUCGAAAUCUAGCUCGAGAGCGGACUGCUUCAAGCAAUAAUACACCAAAUAAACUCUCAUCUACAAGCGGUACUCAAUUAACGACUACGGAUCCUACCACUGAACCGGGAGCUGCUACAGGGAGGGGAUUUUUCACUGAUCAGUUUGAGAAUGCGGCUAACUAUGCGGCGCAUUUUAAUGGUACGGGGCCUGAGAUUUAUGCUCAAUGUGGUGGUAAACUGGAUGCCUUUGUUGCUGGUGCGGGUACGGGGGGAACUAUUUCUGGUGUCGCGCUGUUUUUGAAGCCGAGGUUGCCUGAUAUCAAGAUUAUUCUUGCCGAUCCGCAGGGAAGUGGGUUGUAUAAUCGCGUUCGGUAUGGUGUCAUGUUUGAUAUCAAGGAGCGCGAAGGUACGAGACGGAGGCCACAAGUUGAUACGAUUGUCGAAGGCAUCGGAAUCAAUCGACAGACGGCCAAUUUUGAAGCUGGACGGGAAUUGAUUGACGAUGCCAUAAGAGUUACAGAUGCACAGGCGAUGGCUAUGGCGCGGUGGUUAGUGGAGAAAGAUGGAAUUUUUAUGGGAAGUAGCAGUGCGGUUAACUGUUUUGCGGCUGUAAAGACUGCUUUAAAACUUGGCCCGGGACACUGUAUUGUGACGGUUCUGACUGAUACCGGCGCAAGACACCUUUCCAAGUUCUGGGCCAUGGCUGGAGACGUGGGUGGUACGACUGAUACGAAAUUGGAGGAUGUGCUCAACGCUUGAAACUACCAUUCAACCUAAUGACACAACUAGUUAUAGAAGUGAAGCUGCAAUGACUUCGUUAUAUGGCAUUGAGAUAGCUAUCAAUAAUACUUGCGCGGAGAAACCGAGCUCUUUCUUGGUGAUGUUUUCUUUGGAGAUACCUUAUUGGGCGAUACUAGGCCGGUCUCACGGGGUCUCACGCCAAUAGCUGAAAUGCUCGACCAGUCGUUAUCCAACUCUUCUUCAGAAAAGUCCUCCAAAUCAUUGUUCGACAUAACAUCGCCCGUUCCCAAGACGGAUUCAAUCUUAUCCGGAUGCGACGACUGUGAAUAUUCUCGCUCUGUUGUCGGCAUCUCAAUCACUUCCCCAUCAUCCUCCAGAUUAUUGUUCGACACAACGUCGUCUGCUUUUAAGGCAGGGUCAGUACCAUCCGAGUGCGGCGCCUGUGAUUGUUCUCGCUCUGUCGCCGGCAGUUCAGUCACUUCGUCAUCCUCCUCAAUCUUUUCCUUCGGUUCAUCUACUAUCCUCUCACUCCAUAUUCGUAUCAUUUGCUUCUCAAUCUCCCUCCUUGAUCGAUGAGGUAACUUCAUCUGGAUAUCCCGCCACCAGAUACCGGA